GAAAAUUAUUCAACGCAUUGGGUGCCGCGAUUUCUCACACCGGAGCAAAACCUGAAUCGUUUGAGUGUUUCACGCGACCUUUUGGCACGUUUUCGUCAAAAUCCAAAUGACAUUUUGCACUGUUUCAUAACCGUCAACGGAAUUUGGGUUCGUCAUGUCAUUAUACUCCAGAAACCAAAGAACAAUCCUAACAACGGAAUGGACACGCCAAAGAAAGGAUAAAAAGGUUUUGUCAGUAGUAAAGAUUAUGGCAACUAUGGUUUGGGAUUCUCAUGGUGUUAUCUUGGUUGGCUACUUGAAAAGCGGAAAAACAAUAAAUGAUGAAACUAUAAACACUGGCACUAGCCCUCGCCAAAAGCAUCUGAAUGAUACUCAAACUAAAAUCGAACCCAGAGUCGAAGAAAGCGAGGAACACAUACCAAAAAUGACUGAAAACAACGUUCAAGAAAAUGGGCAAUGGAUCAUAGGAGACGAAGAACGGGAAGAAAAAGAAGAUGUCUUCUUACAAAACGACGAACUCGACAGUCCCCCUCCUGCUGCCCCAUCCGAUGGCAAAGGGGGUUAUUCGAGCUCCGGCUGGAGUGCCGCAGCUAAAGCAGAAUUGUUGGAAAAAAGAAAAACACUUAAGCCUAGCAUGUCCCAAGGGACUGUUAUGCUUCAUAAUAGACAAGAAGAGAAGAAUUUUACCGUAGCCACUCCAGAAGAAUUUGUAAAACGGUUCAAUGGUACUAGAGUAAUUAAUAAGGUUUUAAUAGCAAAUAAUGGUAUAGCAGCAGUAAAAUGUAUGAGAUCAGUAAGAAGAUGGUCGUAUGAAAUGUUCAAAAAUGAAAGAGCUGUCCGUUUCGUCGUUAUGGUAACACCAGAAGAUCUUAAAGCCAAUGCUGAGUACAUCAAAAUGGCCGAUCACUAUGUACCUGUACCUGGAGGAACAAAUAACAAUAACUAUGCCAAUGUAGAACUUAUUAUUGACAUCGCUGUUAGAUGUCAAGUACAGGCCGUGUGGGCAGGAUGGGGUCAUGCUUCAGAAAAUCCAAAAUUGCCGGAAUUACUUCAUAAAAACAACAUUGCAUUUAUUGGUCCAAAUGAGAAAGCUAUGUGGGCAUUGGGAGACAAAAUUGCCUCUUCUUUGGUAGCUCAAACUGCUGAAGUACCUACUUUACCCUGGUCUGGUUCUGGACUAACUGCACAGUACAGCGGCAAAAAAAUUAAAAUAUCAUCGGACCUCUUUGCCAAAGGUUGCGUCCACACAGCUGAGGAAGGUUUAGCCGCAUCUCAUAAAAUAGGAUUUCCGGUUAUGAUUAAAGCUUCAGAAGGUGGUGGUGGUAAAGGUAUCAGGAAAGUAGAACAUCCUGAUGAUUUUGCAGCAGCUUUCAGACAAGUACAAACUGAAAUACCCGGUUCUCCUAUCUUUGUAAUGAAGUUAGCUAAAUGUGCGAGACAUUUGGAAGUACAAUUGAUAGCUGAUAUGUAUGGUAAUGCUAUUUCUCUUUUUGGUCGUGAUUGUUCAAUACAAAGAAGACAUCAGAAGAUCAUAGAAGAAGCUCCAGCUGUUAUUGCUGAGCCAUCCGUAUUCGAAGAUAUGGAGAAGGCCGCAGUAAGAUUGGCCAAAAUGGUAGGUUACGUUUCUGCAGGAACAGUAGAAUAUUUAUAUGAUCCGUCUGGACAAUAUUAUUUCCUGGAAUUGAAUCCUAGGCUUCAAGUUGAACAUCCUUGUACAGAAAUGGUUUCAGACGUAAAUUUACCAGCUGCGCAAUUACAAAUUGCUAUGGGUUUACCUUUACAUUACAUCAAAGAUAUAAGAUUAUUGUAUGGAGAAUCUCCUUGGGGUUCUACAGAAAUUGAUUUUGACCAACCUAGGCAUAAACCACAACCUUGGGGUCACGUUAUUGCUGCAAGAAUUACAUCUGAGAAUCCCGAUGAAGGUUUCAAACCCAGUUCUGGAACAGUUCAGGAACUGAAUUUCCGUUCUUCGAAAAAUGUAUGGGGUUAUUUCUCAGUGGCAGCUUCAGGAGGAUUGCACGAGUUUGCCGAUUCACAAUUUGGGCAUUGUUUCUCGUGGGGUGAAAAUCGAGAACAAGCCAGAGAAAAUCUAGUCAUUGCUUUAAAAGAAUUGUCUAUUAGGGGAGACUUUAGGACGACCGUUGAAUAUCUUAUAACUUUGUUAGAAACAAAAACUUUUCAGGAAAACACCAUCGACACUGCCUGGUUAGAUAUAUUAAUUUCUGAAAGGAUGCAAUCUGAAAAACCAGACAUCAUGUUAGGAGUAAUAUGCGGUGCCCUGCAUAUAGCUGAUAAAAGUAUAACAAAUGCAUUCCAAGAAUUCCAGACUUCGCUAGAAAGAGGACAAAUUCAAGGCUCCAAUACUCUUACAAAUGUUGUAGACGUUGAACUCAUCAAUGAUGGUAAUAAAUACAAAAUACAAGCUACCAAAAGUGGCCAGAACACAUACUUCUUACACAUGAGCGGUUCGUUUAAGGAAAUUGAACUACAUAGAUUAAACGAUGGUGGAAUUUUACUUUCUGUGGACGGCGCAUCUUUUACCACAUAUAUGAAAGAAGAAGUAGACCGUUAUCGCAUAGUUAUCGGUAACCAAACUUGUGUAUUUGAAAAAGAAAACGAUCCCACAAUUUUAAGAUCACCAUCAGCCGGAAAACUAAUAGGUUAUGUUGUAGAAGAUGGCGGACACGUGCAGAAAGGACAGGCAUAUGCUGAAAUCGAGGUUAUGAAAAUGGUAAUGACAUUGACAGCUAAUGAAUCUGGUACUGUCACUUAUAUCAAACGCGCAGGUGCUGUUUUAGAUGCAGGAUCUAUCAUAGCUUCCCUAGAAUUGGACGAUGCUAGUUUAGUAACCAAAGCCGUUCCUUAUACAGGACCAUUCCCGGAAUUGGAUGUUUCUCAACCAGUCAUACCAGAAAAAUUAAAUCAUGUACAUACUAGUUAUAGGAUUGCUCUAGAAAAUACUUUAGGAGGUUUUUGUUUGCCUGAUCCUUAUAAUGCUCCCCGAUUGCGUGAAGUUAUCGAAAAGUUUAUGGCGUCCCUACGGGAUCCUAGUCUUCCUUUACUAGAACUUCAGGAAGUUAUGGCAUCAAUUUCUGGACGUAUACCUGCGGCUGUUGAAAAGAAAAUUAGAAGAUUGAUGGCUUUAUAUGAAAGAAAUAUUACUUCCGUUUUGGCACAAUUCCCCAGCCAACAAAUUGCAAGUGUAAUUGACACUCACGCUGCCAGUAUGACAAAGAGAACAGAACGAGAUGCCUUCUUUUUGGCUACUGAAGGAAUUAUACAACUAGUACAAAGAUACCGCAAUGGUAUCCGAGGUCGUAUGAAGCACGCCGUCCAAGAACUUCUACGUCAAUACUACGACGUAGAAAACCAAUUUCAGCACAGUUCCUACGACAAAUGCGUGUCUCUUUUACGCGAAAAGCACAAAGACGACAUGGCAGCUGUCACGGCCACCAUCUUUUCGCACAGCCAAGUUGCCAAGAAGAAUCUUUUGGUCACUAUGCUCAUCGACCACUUGUGGUCCAACGAACCAGGAUUGACAGAUGAAUUGGCUAGUUGUUUGACAGAAUUGACAUCGUUGAAUAGAAGUGAGCACUCUAGAGUAGCUUUGAGGGCGAGACAAGUGCUUAUCGCUGCACAUCAACCCGCUUACGAAUUAAGACACAACCAGAUGGAAAGUAUAUUCUUAAGUGCUGUCGAUAUGUACGGACAGGAAUUUCAUCCGGAAAACCUUCAAAAACUCAUUGUAUCCGAAACGUCUAUAUUCGAUAUUCUCCACGACUUUUUCUACCACACCAACCGCACAGUUUGCAAUGCUGCCUUAGAAGUGUACGUCAGAAGAGCUUAUACGAGUUACGACAUCAGUUGUUUACAACAUUUGGAACUCAGCGGGGAAGUACCUCUCGUUCAUUUUACGUUUACCCUCCCUCCAUCGCAUCCGAAUAGGUUGGUCAAACUUAGUUCAGCCAUGGAAACUACUGAAGAGGAAAUGAAUCAAGAAGUAAAAAUAGUUGACACGUUCCACAGGACUGGAUGCAUGGCAGCUUUUGAAAAUUUCCAACAAUUUGAACAAUACUCUGACGAAAUUUUGGAUCUCAUUGAAGAUUUCGCCAGUCCGGCCGCUAUUUCUGCCAAAGAUCUUAAUGCAGUCGAAAGUGGUUCUGAAUCGAGAGGAAACAGUACCUCUAUUAAUGUCAGUUUAUCUCUUGAACCUAGAAGGCCCAGUACUGACGAAAAAAUAAUCGAAGAGCCUAUUCAUAUCUUGAUGAUAUGCAUUAAAGAUGAAGGGGAUAAAGACGAUUCUACAAUGAGCAAAAUAUUUAAUGGUUUUUGUCUCAAACACAAAGAAGAACUUCUGUCGCGCAAAAUUCGAAGGAUUACUUUCUCGCCCUUGAAACAUAAACAGACACCUAAAUUCUUUACUUAUAGAGCUAGAGAUGGUUUCUAUGAAGACAGAAUCUAUCGUCACUUGGAACCCGCCAGUGCUUUCCAAUUAGAAAUUAACAGAAUGAGGUCUUAUAGCCUUGAAGCGUUACCUACAUCCAAUCAAAAGAUGCACCUUUAUCUCGGAAAAGCCAAGGGAGCGGGAGGCAAAGAAGUCACUGACUACAGAUUCUUUAUUCGGUCGAUCAUCAGACAUUCGGAUCUUAUUACCAAAGAGGCGUCUUUUGAGUACCUUCAAAAUGAAGGAGAACGGGUUAUUUUGGAGGCUAUGGAUGAGUUAGAAAUAGCCUUCUCUCACCCGCAAUCAAAGAGGACUGAUUGUAAUCACAUUUUCCUUAAUUUUAUACCGACUGUUAUUAUGGAUCCAACUAAGAUCGAAGAAGCCGUGACAAACUUGGUAAUGCGCUAUGGUCCAAGAUUGUGGAAGCUUAGAGUACUUCAAGCUGAAAUCAACCUCAUUAUCCGCCCAUCUCCUAAUGCAGGAUCAUCGAAAAUUCGUCUCUUUUUAGCUAAUGACAGUGGUUACUAUCUAGAUAUUAGCUUGUACACUGAAAUAGCUGAUCCGGACACAGGUAUUAUCAAGUUCCAAUCUUUUGGGUCAAAACAAGGUCCUUUGCAUGGAUUACCGAUAUCUACUCCAUACAUUCCUAAAGACUUCUUACAACAAAAGAGGUUCCAAGCUCAAUCUAUUGGUACUACGUAUGUCUAUGAUUAUCCCGAUAUGUUUAGGCAAAUGGUAGAUCGGCACUGGAAGCAAUACAGUCAAGAAAGAUUGAGUGAAAACAUUGUUAUUCCGGAUAAACUGAUGGACUUUGUCGAACUAAUUCUCGAUCCUGAAACCGAAAGUAGGUUAAUAGAACAAAAAAGGGUACCGGGAGAAAAUAAUGUUGGCAUGAUAGCUUGGAGACUUACCUUAUACACACCUGAGUAUCCUUCUGGUAGAGACAUCAUAGUCAUUGCUAACGAUGUCACCUAUUUAAUUGGUUCGUUUGGGCCCAGGGAAGAUAAGGUAUUUGGAUUAGCUAGCGAAAUAGCAAGAAAAUUGAAACUUCCGCGAAUUUAUAUGUCUGCGAACAGUGGUGCUAGAAUAGGUUUAGCAGAAGAAGUAAAGGCUGUCUUUAGGGUAGCCUGGGAAGACAACAAAGAACCCGAUAGGGGCUUCAGAUAUUUAUAUUUGACACCCGAAGAUUACGCCAAAGUUAGCGCUACGAAUUCAGUAAGGGCUGUUUUAAUUGAAGACGAGGGUGAAUCUAGAUACAAAUUGACCGAUAUUAUAGGUAAAGAUGAUGGCCUUGGUGUUGAAAACUUGAAAUAUGCUGGUAUGAUAGCUGGUGAAACGUCAGCCGCUUAUGAAGAAAUUGUAACAAUUUCCAUGGUUAGUUGUAGAGCUAUCGGUAUUGGUUCCUAUUUAGUACGUUUAGGUCAAAGAGUAAUUCAAAUUGAAAAUUCCCAUAUCAUCCUGACUGGAUAUUCUGCUUUAAAUAAGUUGCUUGGAAGGGAAGUUUAUGCUUCAAAUAAUCAACUUGGAGGUAUUCAAAUCAUGCACAACAAUGGUGUAACACAUAAAACUGAUCAAACUGAUCUUGAAGGAAUUUACACUAUUUUAAGAUGGCUCUCUUACAUUCCAAAGGAUAAAAUGUCUACUAUUCCAAUUAUUGAUUCAGUGGAUCCAAUAUCCAGGGAAGUUACUUUUACACCAACUAAAACUCCUUAUGAUCCAAGAUGGAUGCUUGAAGGAAGGCAAUCUCCAAAUGACCCUGCAGUUUGGGAAAGUGGAUUCUUUGAUAAAGGUUCUUGGUCAGAAAUUAUGCAACCCUGGGCUCAAACUGUAGUCGCUGGAAGGGCCAGAUUAGGUGGUAUACCUGUAGGAGUAAUAGCUGUUGAAACAAGGACUGUAGAACUGACUUUGCCUGCCGACCCAGCUAAUUUUGAUUCCGAAGCAAAGACUAUUUCUCAAGCUGGUCAAGUAUGGUUCCCAGAUUCUGCAUACAAAACUUCUCAGGCCAUUAAAGAUUUCUCCAGAGAAGACUUACCAUUAAUAAUUUUCGCCAAUUGGAGAGGAUUCAGUGGUGGAAUGAAAGAUAUGUAUGAACAAAUUGUGAAAUUCGGAGCCUACAUAGUUGAUGGUCUUCGAGAAUAUAAACAACCAAUAAUCAUCUACAUUCCACCUAAUGGAGAACUUAGAGGAGGUGCUUGGGCAGUUGUUGAUCCCACAAUUAACUCUAGGUAUAUGGAAAUGUACGCUGACAACGAUUCUAGGGGCGGUGUCUUAGAACCAGAGGGAAUAGUAGAAAUUAAGUUUAGAAAGAAGGAUCUACUUAAAACGAUACAUAGAAUUGACCCAGAAGUGAGAGAACUAGAUGAACAAGUCGCACAAAUAAUGAGAGAAAUUCCCAGAGACCGUUCAGCCAGCAUAACUCCGCAGGCUCGUGAACGUUCAAUGAGCAUUACCCAAGCUAUUGAAAAGCCCAAGCCGCCAGAGGUCCUCGGUCUUGAAAAGAAGAUCCAACAAAGGGAAAACUUCCUGCUACCUAUGUACCACCAAGUUUCCGUACAUUUUGCAGAUUUACACGAUACUCCUGAGAGGAUGUUGGAAAAAGGAGCCAUUAGUGAAAUUGUACCUUGGCGUAAAUCUAGAAGUACAAUCUACUGGCGAUUAAGAAGACGUCUUCUGGAAGAAAGGGUAAUUAAAGCUUUAAUCGAAGUUCAACCAGAAAUACAAGUUGGACAAGGAGAGGCCAUGCUCAGGAGGUGGUUCGUGGAAGCUAGAGGAGCUUCAGAAGGUUACAAGUGGGACAAAAACGAGGUAGUUGUCCAAUGGAUUGAAGAACAGCUAUCAAAACCAGCCAACGAGUCUAUCAUUUAUCACAAUAUUCAUGCAGUCAAGAAAGAUGCUGUAGUUAACCAUAUUAAGGUUACAUUAGAUGAUUGUCCAGAUGUAGCUCUAGAUGCAGUGGUAGCCAUAAUAGAAAAAUUAAGCGACAACCAAAAAGCAGAAGUGAUACGAACAUUGUCUCAACUUGGUUCAUUAGAAAAUAUAGAUUAGAUAAAUUGAUAAUUAAAUAUGACUGAUGUUUUGUUUUAAAAAUUGUACUUCAGGGAAUUUUUUAUACCAAAAAGUAAGCAAAAAUGAUGUUAUUUUUUAAUUUUACCAAUUUUUAUAUUUAAAAUUUUAUAUUUAUAUUUUUACGUUGGAUGACAAAUAUUUAAAUAUUUGUUGCGUACUUUUUGGGCGAACCUUGUACUAUAUUUCAAAGAAUUGCCUUCGUUAAAGGUGCUAAUUUUGAUAUUACUAUAUUCUAUUUUUUAUAAGAAUCUCGUAGUUUACCCAAUAUCUUAUUGUUUUCUGAAAUACUGGCGUUUUGGAUAAAUUGUUAAAAUGACAUGUGUUAUUCUUUAAUGUCAAAUAUAAACUCGGUAUAAUUUGGCAACUAAAAUAUUUGGGAAUGUCUUGAUUUUUUUUUAAUAUACAUAUUUAUUUUCUCUACUUUGGUGAAAUCUUAUUCCGGUAGGCUUUAAAAUUACAAAUUCCGUUAGUUGUAUAUUGUUUUUAAUUCGUUUUUUGUUAUUGUGAACAAAAAGAAUUUCACUUUGUAAUUUUGUACAUUUAUUAAAUUUGUGGUAGUUUCCUCAAACAAUAUUGUUAAUGUUUGUUAAUUAUAUUUGUUAAUAAAAUUUUAUUAUAAAAGUA